AUGGAAACUAAAGUACAUUUAUUUUGCCAGGCUGAGGAAAAUACUGAUUUAUCAGAUGAUGGCUAUAAUUCUUUUGCAACUGACUUGCCAUCAAGAAAUAUUGACAGCAAGAAAUACAUCAAGUUUUCUAAAACAACAGAGAAGAGAAUUUCACCUGAAGUUAGGGGUUUGAGUCCAGAACACACAAAAAAGUAUGAAUCAUCAAUGUUCCUAUUUGGAGAAGAAAAAUCCUCUGAUUUUUCAGGAGGAAAAAGGAGAAAGAAGAGUUUACAAGUACAAUUGCAUACCAAAAGGACUGAGGUAAAUAAAGAUCUGGGGAUAUUUUUGCUUACAAGUGUUGAGAAGAUGACCAGAAAAGAAAGCUCUUUCUGCAAGUUGCCAAGUCAGUACAACGUUCACAAGACAUUAUCACCCCUUGGUACAUCUUCCUCAAUUAUUCGGAAAGAUGAAAGGCUUUCUAACCUUUAUGAGACGUUAUAUGAUGAAACACCUGAAGGACACUUUUACUCACAAGAAUUAAGUGCACUUCAGAAAGCCUGUAAAAUUUUUAGUAGAAUUCGAGGUGGUGAGGUUUAUGUGAAUGAUCUGCCAGUGACCCAUCACAUCUUGAAGAUCUCUAUCAGUGACUCAGAAAUGCGAAAGGCACUGAAGACUAUUGAUAUCAAUGCAUUUCAGAAUGCCUUGAAGAUUUUCUGUAGGAUAAAAGGUGGUUGAGUUUCAACUUCUAAACUGGAUGAUAUUUUGGAUAGCAUGGAUAUCCUUGUAAUCCCUGAAACUUUUCAGGAAGUGAUAAAGCAUGCUAGUAUUGACAGUAACCAGAUGGUGGAUAUUGGGGAUAUUAUAUUUACUUUGAAUGAAUUACAGCAACAGUAUGAGGAUGUUUCAAUUAUGGAAGGAACAACCUUGGAUGAAGCUACUUCAAGAAAGUUAUCAAAUGUAUCAGGAUACUAUCCACAAUAUAGGAAGAAAAGCAUUUUAUCUUCCAGGCUACCUGAAUCAUCAUUAUCUCAAAAGUUAAAUACAAAGAGCCUCCAAAGUCAUAAAAUUAUGAAGGAGAGUGAUGACCUUGAAUUUAAAAGAUCAGAAAAUAUUUUGCAGUUAGGAAAAUUCCAGGAUGAUGUUGAUAGCAGUGAUGUAGAAUUCCAGGAACCAUGUUCAAAGGAUGGCAUAAACUUUAAGAGAAGUUCAGAGAAGGUUGAAAUUCAUGACUCAGAGUCUAAACCAUAAAACUUGAAGAGUGUUACAAGCCUGAAAAAGUCCCUGGAUAAAAGUGAUAUUUUAAGUAUCCCAAAACUUCAGAAGCCAGCUGCGAGAAGGCAUUCCAGCCUUCUAAAACAUAUUCCAUCUAAGGAAAAACAGCAAUUAAUUCUCUGGGUCAGAAAUGUCUGUGAAGCUAUCAAUAAACUCUGAGAAAAUUACAUUGAUGCAGAACUUCAGUCCAUUUUGCCUUCAAUAGGAAUUAAUUUAUCAGAUAAAGAGUUCAAGAAGAUUGUGACAGACACUGCUAGAAAUGAAAAUGGAAUGGUGAAGUUAGAUGACUUCAUGAGUGCUCUCUCCAAAGAGCAUUAUCUUCCUGGAUAUGAUGCAUUGACUGAUGUCAUCAAAGCUAUUGAUAAAAUUAAAGACGAAAAUAUUGAUUAUGGGAAUCUGAAUACUUGUCUUCAAAAUUUUGGAGUUUACCUUUCUAAGCCAGAAUUUCAGAAGAUCACAGAGUUGACUGAAGCUGGUGAAACAAAAAGAGUGAAUUUUAAAGAAUUCGUUGAUACUGUGAUGAGCAACAUGGAACACUUCUCUGAAAAAUUAUUACUGCCUGAUACUAUUGAAAACCUCCAGAAUCUUAGCAAAGAGAAGAUGAGUGCUCCUGACCUAUGGAAUACUCUGUCUAGUUUGAAUGGUAAUUUAAAAAAAGACGAAUUCCAAGCUGCACUGAAAUUAGCAAUAGCUGAUGAGGGGGACAAAGUACACAUUGAAGAAUUUGCAAAAGUGGUAAAGGAUAUGCAUGAUGCCUCCAGGUUAGAGGAGUUACGGAAGAUUGUCUUAGCUGUUGAUUUGCCUGAAGGUGACGUGAUACCUAGGAAGGACUUGGAAGGCUUUCUAAGAGAUAUCGGGAUUAACUCACCUAGAGAAGAGGUAGAGAAAAUCCUUCAGUCAGAUUUUGUUUCUGAAGACAAUUUGGUGAAUGUUAAAGACUGUAUGAAGGCUUUGAGAGACACCCAGAAAUUUUCCAAUUUUAUUCCAUUGAAUGAGACCAUCAGUACCUUGGACUGCAUGAAAGAAAGUAAUCACUCUGAUAAGAACAAAUAUUCAAACACUGAUAACAUUUAUUUCACUGAUGAUAAUAUUCAAGAAAUACUGGAUGAUUCGUUUGUUGAAGGAGAUAAAGAUCAAUUUUAUAACAACAUUCACAAAAAUGAACUUACAACCAUUUCUGAUCUUCAGAAAAAUUUAAAUGCUAUAGGAAUGUAUCUAACAGAUGAUAAAAUAAAGACAACUUUGGAUAACACUAAUCCUAGUGAUUUAUUUAAAGAGAUUACAACUCUUGAAAAGAUCAGAAAAGAUAAGAUGCCUAUAAAUGAACUGAGCUCCCAACUCUUGAGUGCUGGAAUUCAAUUAAGCAACAAGACAUUCCAGGAGAUUCUGAGUGAAGCAUCUGUUGAUGAAACUGGUGAAGUAAGUCUCAAACAAAUUUUGGAAACUUUGAACACAAGUAAGCCAGCUUCUGAGUUUAAAGAUAUACACACUGCCCUCAAUACUGUCAGCUUGAUGAACUGCAACAGAAUUCAAGCUAAUGACUUGAAAGAUGCUUUUGAUGAACUCAGUGUUUCUGUAAAGCCUGAAGAACAUCAGAUGUUAGAGAAACACUUGACGCUGACGCUCCACACUAGGGAGAAGGCUGCCAUUGCUAAGGAGAGUGCACAGUGGGGGAAGGAGCCAGCACAGCAUCCAAAUGGGGUGAAGGUGGCCAUUACUGGUGUUCUCAGCAGCAGAUUGGGAGGGGUCUGGAGCUCUGACUGCACCAGGGUCCUCAUGGUUAACGAGCACCCCAAAAUGGCUGCUGCCAGCAUCUGUGUCCUCAGGGGGAGUCCCAGUUGUCUCUCUGGGAGGCUCUCCAAGAUCAAAGUUAAUAAACUUGCAAAGGCCUUAGACAAAGUCACCAAUGAAAAAAUUUAUAUUGAUGAUGUACAACCUAUACUGAAAGGCCUGGGGAUUUAUUUUCCAGAAGAAGAAUUAAAAGAGGUGCUUUCAUCAGUUUCUGUUGAUAACGAGGGAAAAGUGGACUUAAAAGGUUGCCUGACUAGGUUGUCGCAAACGCCAUAUUGUACAAAAGCUUCAAAAAUAGAAGGACCCUUGAAAGCUCUGGCCUCCAUUAGGAAAAACAUGGCCAAUCCAGAUGACCUUCGCUCCAUGAUGAAAAAUAUAGGAUUUCCAUUACCCCAAGAUGUGAUUCAAAGUGCACUGAACAAUGUUGCUAUCAUGGGAGAGAAAAUUGAUGUCAGUAAUGUGGAUGCUAUUCUGAAAAACAUGGAUGUAAAACCUACAGAAGAAGAACAACAGAAUCUACUAGAACACGUUUCAGCUACUUCUUUGGAGGAGCAUGGAGGGACUCAAGGAGGUGAUGUAAGUGAAGGUGAAAACCUGUGGGCUGAAAGCCAGUUAAAUCUGUAG